AUGAACUCCUCAGAUUCAGAGGAAAUGAUGAUGUUCUCCUCAGAUUUGAGUGACGAAGAGGAUGAGCUGCUUGUGCUGAUUGCCAUCAAGGAGGAAGAAGCAGCAGCUGCGCGUCGUAGCAGGCAGCGUGGGUCGAUGCCCGGCCAUGCGGUUAUAGACCGGCAACACCGCGAAGGUGCUGCUAGGCUGUACAACGACUACUUCGCCGACAACCCUGUGUACGGCGAUAUCCUGUUUCGUCGGAGGUUUCGUAUGUCGCGGCGGUUGUUCUUGCGUAUUGCGGCCACUGUGGAGGAGCAUGACACCUGGUUCAGGCAGAGAAGGGAUGCAACGGGGAAGCUCGGCCUUAGCCCCUUGCAAAAAAUGACAGCGGCCAUACGGCAACUAGCAUACGGAGUCAGUUCCGAUGCAGUUGACGAGUACGUGCGGAUAGGAGCGAGUACGGCGAUGAUGGCUUUACGGAAAUAUGUGCAAGCUAUUGUGGAGGUGUUCGGAGAAGAAUAUCUCCGGGCUCUCAAUGAAACUGACACCGCCCGUCUCCUGGCAGAAGGGGAGCGCCGUGGGUACGACAUGGGAUACUACCUCGGCGAUGGCAUAUACCCCGAAUGGGCGACCAUAGUGAAGGCAAUUCCUGCUCCACGAGGCAACAAGAGCAUCCAUUUCUCCGCGAUGCAAGCUGCUCUCCGCAAGGAUGUCGAACGUGCAUUUGGUGUGUUGCAAUCUAGGUUUGCUAUUGUUCGCGGGCCGGCUAGAGUAUGGGAUCAGUCUACCUUGCAUAAUAUCAUGACCGCAUGCGUUAUUAUGCACAACAUGAUAAUUGAGGACGAGCGUGGUACCGCUUCCCCGGUGCAGGUGUUCGACUUCAUGGGGGAACCAACUCAAGUCCAUCGAAGUGGUGACGAAGGUAUCCUGCAUUAUGUCGAAACAACUCAAGCUAUCCGCAACCGUGCAGUGCACCGCCAAUUGCGGGCGGACCUUGUGGAGCACCUUUGGAGUAUGCAUGGAGCACAGUAG